GCUAGAGCUAAGUCAGAAUGUAGAAAAUGGAAUCAGAUCAAAGUCGUAAAGUAGAGAAUUAAACCUCAGUUUUUGUUCAGUCCGACAGUUUAUAACGCAGUCCAGAGAAACUUUGAAAUAUUUUUUUUGAGGUCUCGAAUUUCCUGGUCGUGGCCAAGAUGCUCUUGUUUCUAUUUUUAAUGUCGUUCAGUGGUCUAGGUGUUAACGCGGAAGGGAAUACGACAGUGGGCGUUAGCUCGAAUCUCACCUGGUGGCAGAAGGGAGUGUUUUAUCAGAUCUACCCACGAUCUUUCCAGGACUCGAACGGAGAUGGUGUUGGUGAUUUGAAAGGUAUCACUACAAGAAUCGGUUACCUGAAAGACCUUGGUAUCGACUGUGUUUGGCUGAGUCCAAUCUGUCGAUCUCCCAUGAAAGACUUCGGUUACGAUUGUUCUGAUGCGGAAGAUGUGGAUCCUAUCUUUGGAAAUCUAGAAGACUUCAAGGAACUUUUAGCUGAAGUCCACACUCAAGGUCUGAAGCUAAUUGUGGACUUUGUACCUGGCUACACCAGUGACCAACACAUUUGGUUUCAGAAGUCCAUCCGACGAGAAGGGAAGUACACCAACUAUUAUGUCUGGGACGACGGCAAGAUACUGGACAAUGGGACACGCGUGCCACCAAAUAACUGGUUAUCCAUCUUUGGCGGCCCUGCCUGGGAGUGGAAUGAGGUCAGACAACAAUACUACUAUCACGUGUUCAUCAAAGAAGCCCCAGAGAUGAACCACAGGGAUGAGAAUGUGGAAUGGGAAUUAAAGAGUAUUCUGCGCUAUUGGCUGGAUCUUGGCGUCGAUGGUUUUCGCGCAGACGCUAUUCCAAACAUCCUGACAGUUAGCAACCAUUCUUGGGAUGAGCCUUUGUCUGGGAAAGAUGUCCCACCGGACCAAGAUGAUUACUUGGACCACAUCUACACCCAACAUCAGCUAGAGAUAGCGCCAAUACUCAAAGGAUGGUACGAUCUGCUGCACGAGUACACGCUGCAAGACGGAAGACUAAGAUAUAUGGUACUUGAGACGUACGCGCCGCACUCAAUCAGAAACUCGUUGUACGCCCAAGGCCAAGGCAACCCGUUCAACUUUGACCUCCUGCAGAUGAGCCGACCCCCGACCACGCGGGAAGUGUACAAGACCAUAAUGGAGGAGUACAUCAAUCUGCUUCCUGGGAAGUGGCCCAACUUUGUGCUUGGGAACCAUGACAACACCAGGGUCAGCGCCAGAAAUGGCUAUCAGUACGUUGACGCUUACAAUAUGUUGCUUCUGACACUAAAAGGAACCCCUACGACGUACUAUGGGGAGGAACUGGGCAUGUUGCAGGCAGACAUCUCUUGGAAUGAGACCAAGGACCCGUGGGGUCUCAACUAUGGUCCGGAUCGCUAUAAACAAGUCUCGAGAGACCCCGAGAGAACACCCAUGCAGUGGACGGAUGGCCCAAAUGCAGGAUUUACGAAUGGCCCGUCCACCUGGUUACCUUUGGGGAAAAAUUAUACAAGUCUUAACGUCAAGGUUGAAUCUGAGACACCCGGACAGACAAGUCUGAAGCUGUACAAAGAGUUGCUGGUUUUAAGAAAAAACCCAGCUUUCACGGAGGGAUCAUUUAAGACUGCUUUGGUCACAGAUGACGUCCUGUCCUAUCUGCGACAACUUAGGAAUGAAACUUUUCUCGUGGUUCUAAACUUUGGCAAGGAGGCCACCGUCGACUUGUCUUCAUUUGGAGGAUUGUCAGGAACCGCAUUGGCACUAACCCCAAAAAUUACGUCAUGGAAGAAAGAUGACAUCGUUUCCUUGACCAGCCUGACGCUUGGGGCGGGCGAUGGUGUAGUGCUGAGGGUUAAAGCCCCAUCUGACUCGGAGUUAAUCGGCUGAGUUUGUACAUAUCUAAGUCAUGUAGUCUUACAACUUGUCAUGUAUCACUUGUAUUUUAUAUUUCUCUUAUAUUAUAAAGGUAGCCACGGAUAUACUGCAUGUCUCAUUAAUCUUCGGACUCGAAGACAAGCCUUAUUAUUAUUAUACUAUAAAGAAUAUCAUUUGUA